AUGCGCAUCGCACAUUGGCUUGGUCGCUACUCCUCCUCUAAGGGCUUGACACAUGGCAAAUUUCUACAGGGGCAACGUGGUUGGCUUGUAGAACGUCAUCUAUACAACCACCACCUCAGAUCUAAGGUUUUACCGGGUGAAGAACAUAUAUGUUGGUUUGAAAGGCUGAAGAACAAAUCUGAUGGUUUUAACGGCGCUAGUGUUUCAGCCAACGUAACUACAUGCAUGAAUCAAGAGGUCACCAAUGGAGCCUCGAAAUCCAAAAAGAAUUCCAAAAAACCCGAAUAUUCUAGGUUUACACAGCAAGAACUUCCCGCCUGGAAACCAAUCCUAACCCCAGGAUGGGUGAUCACAUCGUUUCUAGCAAUCGCCAUGCUGUUCAUCCCCAUCGGUCUUGUCUCUCUGUUUGCAUCAGAACGUGUGGUGGAAAUUGUGUAUCGCUAUGAUCAAGAUUGUGUCCCUGAAAUUUAUCGAGGCAAUGUGACUUCAUAUAUUCAAAACCCCCUCACUAACAAAACAUGCAUCAAGAAUGUCACUGUACCAAAGAAAAUGGAAGCCCCUAUCUUUGUGUAUUAUCAGCUCGACAACUUCUAUCAAAACCAUCGUAGAUAUGUGAAAAGUAGAAGUGACAAACAACUACGUAGUGGAGAAGAUGAUUUUUCAACAAAAGGAUGUGAGCCUGAAGCUAAAUCGAACAAAGUUUUAAACAUUAACAAGAAGGGCAUUGCAUGGAAAAGUGACACAAAGGUCAAAUUCGGGUCAAAUGUGUAUCCAAAAAAUUUUCAAUCCGGAGGUUUGAUUGGUGGUGGAAAGCUCAACCAAAGCAUACCUUUGAGUGAGCAAGAGGAUCUAAUAGUAUGGAUGAGGACUGCAGCAUUGCCUACUUUUAGAAAGCUUUAUGGGAAAAUAAGUGUGGAUCUUGAAGCUCAUGAGACAAUAACUGUUGUUUUGGAGAACAAUUAUAAUACGUAUAGUUUUCGGGGACAAAAGAAGCUUGUUUUAUCAACAACAAGUUGGAUUGGUGGAAAAAAUGAUUUUCUUGGAAUUGCUUAUCUUACAGUUGGUGGGAUUUGCUUGUUCAUGGCACUAAACUUCAUCCUUCUCUAUGUUUUUAAACCCCGGCCUCUUGGGGAUCCAUCCUACUUGUCAUGGAAUAGGAAUUCAAGUAGGCAUUGAAUUAGGUGGUUUGUUUAACUUUUUUUUUUUUUUCCCUUUUUUAAAAUAUGUGGAGUUUAUAGGUAUUAACAUGAAGUUGUGUUCAUAGUUAUGUUUCUAUCUACCUUACCUUGAAUCAAUGAGAUCAACUAAUGUUGAAUAUAAUGUUGGCAAAGAAAGUCGAUAACACUUUAACAUAUAUGA